UCUUCCAUUUGGCAACCUUCACUUGGAAAAAUACGAAGGCUGCAGAGGAGUUUGAGAAAUAAAGGAUGGUUUAUGAGGCGAUGAAGCUCUUCUCUCCAAAAUCCUAGUAGAACAAGGCUUGUUUCUUCUUCUUUCUUCUCCUUCUUGUAAUUUUGUUGAUUUGGUGCAUACACCAAAACAAGAUGGAGAAGGCCGAGAGCGGUUCAGUUUUCCAGCUCUUUCGGUUCGCGGAUCGGAUGGAUAAGUGGUUGAUGUUGGUGGGGACGGUCGGAUGCAUCGGCGAUGGUUUGAUGACCCCACUUACCCUGUGGGUCAUGAGUACCAUAAUCAACAGCUAUGGAGCGGUUGAUGUCUCUUUUAAUUAUGAUGUGGUGAACAGGUUUGCACUGAGGUUGCUCUACGUGGCCAUCGGUGUGGGAUUAGGCGCUUUCGUUGAGGGAGUGUGUUGGACCAGAACUGCAGAAAGACAAACUUCUCGCAUGCGAAUGGAAUAUUUACAAUCCGUCCUCAGACAGGAUGUAGGUUUCUUUGAUACUAAUGCCACUACUUCUACAACAUAUGAUGUGGUGACUGCCAUCACUGCUGAUUCCCAUAUAAUUCAAGACGUUAUGAGUGACAAGAUACCCAACUUCAUCUCCAAUGCCGUCAUAUUCAUCUUCACCACAGUUGUAGCUCUUAUACUGUCAUGGAGGCUGGCUUUGGCCUCCCUCCCAUUCUGUCUCUUCUUCAUUAUCCCUGGUGUGGUGUUUGGGAAGUUCAUGAUGGACAUGGCGAUGUUGAUGAAGGAUGCCUACGGGGUGGCAGGCGGGAUUGCGGAGCAGGCGAUCUCAUCGAUAAGGACUGUCGUGUCUUAUGUCGGGGAGAGCCAGACGUUGGAGCAGUUUAGCCAUGCGCUUGUGCGGAAUAUGGAGCUGGGGAUAAAGCAAGGACUCAUGAAGGGAAUGGCGAUCGGGAGCAUUGGCAUUCUGUUCGCAAUGUGGUCAUUCCAGAGCUGGGUUGCAAGUGUGCUGGUGACUGAGACAGGAGCUAAAGGUGGCAGCGUUUUCAUUUCUGGCCUAAGUAUCCUAUAUGGAGGAUUGGCUGUCUUGACCGCGCUUCCAAACCUCACAUACAUUGCAGGGGCCACAGCCGCUGCUACUAGAAUAUUCAAGAUGAUUGAUAGGCUCCCUGCUAUUGAUUCUGAGGACGAAAGAGGUAUGGUCCUAGAAAAUUUGAGAGGAGAAAUUGAGUUCAGGAAUGUGGAAUUCACUUACCCGUCAAGACCAGAUUCCUCCGUCCUACAAGGUUUGAAUCUCAGAGUGAUGCCCGGUAAGACAGUGGGCCUUGUCGGGGGCAGCGGUUCUGGUAAAUCUACUGUAAUAGCAUUGCUCGAGAGAUUUUACGACCCAGUGAGUGGAGACAUUUACUUGGACAGGAAGAACAUAAAGAGAUUUCAGCUCAAGUGGUUGAGAUCUCAGAUGGGUCUGGUUAGUCAAGAGCCAGUCCUCUUUGCAACCUCCAUAAAAGAGAAUAUACAGUUUGGCAAUGAAGCAGCUUCAAUGGAGCUGGUUGUCAGUGCGGCCAAGGCUGCUAAUGCUCACGAUUUCAUCACGAAAUUACCCGACGGAUACUUCACUCAUGUGGGCCAAUUUGGAGUUCAGAUGUCAGGAGGGCAAAAGCAGAGGAUCGCCAUUGCAAGGGCAUUACUUAAAGACCCAAGAAUACUAUUGCUCGACGAAGCAACCAGCGCACUUGAUGCACAAUCCGAAAGAGUGGUACAGGAUGCAUUGGACCAGGCCUCAAUAGGAAGAACAACAAUAAUCAUUGCACAUCGGCUCGCCACUCUCCGUAAAGCUGAUACUAUAGCAGUAGUUCAAUCUGGGAAGGUGAUCGAGUCAGGUUCACAUGAUCAGCUCAUGCGAAUGAACAAUGGAGGAGGUGGGGAGUAUGCAAAGAUGGUCCAAAUGCAGCAAUCAACAAUGAAAAGCGAAGCAUACAAGCCUUCUCCAAUGCAUGACAGGAACAAGUACAGGAAUAUGUAUAUGAAGAGCCCAAUGAGUGUGAGAUCGAGCAAUCAUACAAGCCCAGCAGUGUCGUUCGUCCAUAUGGGUAGCCCAGCUCUGUCUUUCGUCCAAGCAAGCACUCCGAUCAUAUCAUCGUACGUCCGUGAUCAGCACUUGAGUGAUCUGAAAGAAGCAGUGUCUAAGAAUUCUUCUUCUCCUUCUCAAUGGCGCCUGCUUCGAAUGAAUGCGCCAGAGUGGAAAACAGCAUUGCUUGGGUGCCUUGGCGCCAUUGCCUUUGGCGCAGCUCAGCCAGUGCAUUUCUACUGCAUUGGGUCGAUUCUCUCAGUUUAUUUUCUGGAUGAUAACAAACGCAUCAAAUCCCAGACCAGAUUGUACUGCUACUUAUUUUUAGGCAUAGGCCUGUUCUGUGUGGUGGCCAAUGUCAUCCAGCAUUACUAUUUCGCGAUCAUGGGAGAGGGGCUGACCAAGAGGGUGAGGGAGAAGAUGCUCGAGAAGCUGCUCACCUUUGAGAUUGGAUGGUUCGAUCGAGAAGAAAACACUAGUGCAGCCAUCUGUGCACGAUUAGCUGCCGAGGCCAACAUGGUACGGUCCCUCGUCGGUGAUCGCAUCUCUUUGCUUCUUCAGGUCACUGCAACAGCCACCUUAUCAUUCACGUUAGGCAUAGUGGUCACAUGGAGACUAGGGGCAGUGAUGAUCGCGAUGCAGCCAUUGAUCAUAGGCUGCUUCUAUUCAAGGAGUGUCCUGAUGCAGAAAAUGUCCGAAAGAGCACAAAAGGCGCAGAAUGAAGGCAGCCAAAUAGCAAGCGAGGCCGUGGUGAACCACAGGACGAUCACCGCAUUCUCUUCUCAGGGAAGGGUGAUGGGCCUCUAUGAAAAUGCGCUGGAAGGCCCGCGGAAGGAAAACAUCAAACAGUCGUGGUUGGCGGGCCUUGGUCUGUUUGUGUCCCAGUUUGCUACUACAGCCAGUGUAGCAUUGGCCUAUUGGUAUGGUGGGAAGCUAAUGAUUCAAGGAAAGAUAACACCCAAACACUUGUUUCAGGCUUUCUUCAUCUUGGUCAGCACAGGGAAAGUGAUUGCCGACGCGGGGACCAUGACAUCCGAUCUGUCCAAGGGUAGUGGGGCCAUUAGAUCAGUGUUUGAAGUUUUAGAUAGGAAGAGUGAAAUUGAACCCAAUGACCCACAAGGACUGAAGAUCAAGAAGAUGAUCAAGGGCCAUGUUGAGCUGAAAAACGUGCAUUUUGCUUAUCCAUCAAGGCCUGAUCAGAUGAUAUUCAGGGGCCUCAGUUGCAAGAUUGAAGCUGGGAAACAAGUAGCAUUGGUUGGUCAGAGUGGGUCUGGUAAGUCGACGAUCAUUGGCCUGAUUGAGAGAUUCUAUGACCCACUAAAGGGGUCAGUGGAGAUCGAUGGGCAGGACAUCAAGAGCUAUAAUCUGAGAAGUCUAAGGAUGCACAUCGCAUUGGUUAGUCAGGAGCCUACUCUUUUCGCAGGGACUAUCCGUGAGAACAUCGCGUAUGGAAGAGAGAAUGCUACAGAAUCUGAGAUAAUGGAAGCUGCUGUUCGUGCCAACGCUCAUGAUUUCAUCAGCUCCAUGAAGGAUGGUUAUGAAACAUACUGUGGAGAGAGAGGGACCCAGCUAUCUGGCGGUCAGAAGCAAAGGAUCGCUCUAGCCCGAGCAAUACUAAAGAACCCUGCAAUCCUGCUCUUGGACGAGGCAACCAGCGCAUUGGAUACAGUAUCUGAGAGCUUAGUUCAAGGAGCACUGGAUAGGAUGAUGGUGGGUAGAACAUGUGUGAUUGUGGCCCACCGCCUAUCCACAAUCCAGAAGUCAGAAUCUAUAGCAGUGAUAAAGAAUGGGAAGAUUGUGGAACAAGGUUCCCAUUCCAAGCUACUUGCUAAAGGACCGGGUGGCGCUUACUUUGCUCUGAUCAAGCUCCAGAAAGACAACAACAAAGCUUAGAAUGGAAUUUGAAUUGAGAUGAAAGCAUCACUACCAACAUGAUCCUUGUUUUUAAAUGUGAGAGCAAUACUAAGAUACUUCAAUUUAUUUAUUAUAAGAGAAGAAUGCGUGAAUGUCAAAAGCGCAAAAUGGUGCUUCAUCCCAGCUUAAUCCAGUAGGCCUUCUAAUUUUGAAGUUUGCUAUUUCGAUUUUGAAAUUCUAAGCUCUAAAUGUUGGGUUUGAAUGUGCAUGGGAUUUGGAUUGUUGAACCUGUGAUUUUGUAGACAGGGGAAGGGCCAUUAGAUCGACCAAAUGGGUAUUUUUUUUUUCCACCAAGAACCACCCUUGAUGAGGCCCACAUGAUGAACAAUUCUGAUAACUGUGGCCGAGAUGCAGUAAGCUACACUAUUGGAAAAAGAAAAAAAAGAAAAAGAAAAAGAGUACCACUAAUGAUUCAUAGCUUAGAAACCCCAAAAUAUGACUCAAUAUUCAUGCGAGUAGGGUCGAAUCUGAUACCGGACACGAU